UCCUUUGUUUCACAGACGUCCCACUAUCUUUAGAAAACCAGCAUGGAAUCUUCGGAUGAACACAAUUCGACGGACGCUGGCGUCAAGGACUCAGAUAGUGGAGAAUCAUCGACGGACAACGAUUCCGACCCUUCGAGGGAAAACGAGGAUGACGACGAUACAUCGUCGGACAACGAUUCGCACGAUACGGAUGAGGAACGAGAGGAUUUUCCUCGGAAGGGACACUCUCACUUCCCCAUGUUGGCGCACGCACCUCCGAAAAUGAGGAUCAAACUGUCUCUUAAACAAACGACGAAGGGAUUCCAAUCGUGUAGCCCUUUGACAACAGCCAAUAAGAUCAUGCCUGCUCCUCCAGUCAUAAACCAGGCGCUCAGUGCAAUAGCUGCUCAAGAACCUUCACCCGCAACUACUGGUUCUAAUGGAGAAGGAAACGAAAUUCCACUUCCUCCCAAGAAACCCUCAUUGAUGCGACGUGCUUUCAAGCUUCCGAUGAGCUCUCGCAGUUCCAACGUAACAUCGAAAUCCGACGAUGACGAUGAAGAAGAAGAUGGCGACGCUGUCGUUAAAGCCACCGUUGUCGACAGCGAUGACUCAGGAGAAGACGAUGCUGUCGCUGCUAUUGUUUUUCAGAACCAAUUGUCUUCCAGUCGUUCCACUAAGGCCACCAAAACAACGAAACGACGUUCCAUGUUGCCUUCUCGACCUAUGCGUCUGCCACCGAUUGCUUCACCAGGUUUACUCAUGUUGCCGACAAGCGGUCUGAAAUCUAUAGAAACUGCUACAAAAACAGGGUACGCUACGCCGUCUGCCGUGUUCGAUCACCACAUGUCGUUGGCUGGAUAUAGCGAAUACAAGCGCACGAGCAACCCUCAUCGUGGCUCUAGUGUUCAAAGAAUGGUAGGCGACAUGUUUGAUUCUGAUAUUGUCCUUGCUCGACGCUUUCCUGACUUGAUGCCCCGACGCUAUUUGGAGGCCACAGAAAGUAAAGACGAUAAUUAUGAUUUGGAUUUGCCGGAAUCAGAACGGACAAAUCCGUCCUUACUACCUCGCGUGCUAAUAGCUUCCCUAUCCAAGUCCUUGACGUUGAGCAACACGCCUUCUGAUUGUAAAAGAAAACGGCCGAUGUCGUUCAAGGACAUGAUUCCUGUGUCGCUAUCAGUAUCUUAUCCCAAAGCAUAUGUGAAACAACGACAGCAGUAUAUUAAAGAUGUUGCGACACGAGAAAAGGCUAUCAUAGGCUAUCAGGCAGCACAAGAAAACCUUGAUUCCCAUGAGGGCGCAAUGGAAGCAGCUGCCAUUGCCACCAUUCCACCUUUACCCGCUGCUCCAGUUCCUCCCAAACUAGCCGACCUGACCAGACUCCCGUUUUCUGAUUCUGCAUUUGAGGAUGCCCAUCCCUUUUAUCCACCCAAAGGGAAGGGGGCAUUCGUCGCGCACUUGGACAGUAAUUCAUUUCAUUUGACCGAGGGUCGGUAUUUCGGACUACAAACCAAUCAUGUCGCGGAUCCCAAUUUUGUAGGCGCAAAUGCUCCGGGAAUUUCGGGGAUCCACGCAUCUGGCGGUGCAGGACUAGCCACCUCUAGCGCAGGAGGUGGCGUCAUGGUGGGAUCUGCUAUGACACUAAGUACGUCCUAUCAUCGCGCGGCAAACGGUGGUAGCCAUGUCAGCAGUCAUUCAGCUUUGGGCUCCAAGAGCCAGAGCUUAUUCAGUACCAAUAGCAACAAAGAAGCGCCCGUGGAGCACGCGGGGACAAGUCCAAAGAUUAAUAUCGACCGAUCGAUAGCCGUCAAAUCACUGAACACUCCCAGUGUGGUCACUUCUAGUGUUGGUCCUAAGCCAACGGCAUCUGCAACCGACUUGCGGAAGGUAAUGGAAGAAGGUGACCCUGAGCAAAUCGAAGCCUUCAGGUCGUGUAUCAUCAAGGCUGCCGUACACUCAUCGCGGUCAGGCCGCCAUGGACAUUCAUUUGUCGGACCAAACGGCGCCGUUUACCCAGAUGCAAGUAAAGCUUUCGCUAGCCAUACCGGUAUAAAGCCUUGUCAGAGGUGCAAAAAUAAUAAGCAAGGGGUGCGUUGCUGCGUUUGA